GGGGAAGGCAGGCAGGCAGACAGCAAAAACAACGCCGCGAAGACGAUACGCUACGCGCAAUAGUGAAGCAGACGGUUGUUGCGCGCACGACUUCCUUCCUUCCUUCCUCGAGAAGGGGGAGGGGGAGCCCGCCCGCCUGCCUUUGCCUGCCCAGCCCAGCUGCCUGCCUGCGUCGCCGCCACCGCCACCGCCUCCUCCUCCUCCUUCCUCGCCCACUGCCGCCUCCGCUCAGGCGACUCGCCGCGGGGAAGGGAGGCCGACCGGGAGGAGGCUCCGAUCCGGCCUCUGUCUCCCCAAGGCCUAUUAUUUUCCUCGGGAAUUGGAUUUGGAUACACUCUUCAACAAUUAUUGUCAGAGGUGUGAACAUCGAACUUCUCGAUAUCUUCUUUUGGGAGCAGUCUAGAUAUUCUCCAAUUCAAAAGGAAUAACACUCAGCUGAGACAAGCGCUAUCUCAGCUACCGGGAGGCCUCGAUGUCCAAAGUUUUGGAAAGUAGAAAUUCAUUUGGUACCACCACUCCUACGAGCUCAGCUUCAGCUUCAUAUUCUUCAAAAAAGAACGAGAAGACGGUAUCACGCUACCUAAGACCUUCUACAGGCUCAUGCCAUGAUUUAUGCAAGCAUGGACACAGGAAUCCUUCUGAAGAAAAGCUUCUGCUUUUAGGAGGGAGAAGAAAGAAACUUCCAACUCAUCCAAAUAAUUUGACACUGCAUGGAUCAGUUAUCUUAGAUACACCCAAGGAUGUCAGGAACAGAAGAAAUGUUUCACUAGUCAAGUCGAGUAUAUCACUGGGUGAAGCUGAUCGUGUUGUUCACAAGAUAAAAUCAGCAAAUUUGAGAGGCACUGAAUCAUCGGAACACUUGGUCCCACGUAUUGCUUUAUCAGCUGAUCAUAAAAAUGUGAACUCUGAUGGCAGAAAGAAACAUCCAAUGGUUGCACAGAGGACUUUGGCUAAUCCAAGGUAUUCCAGCGGAGUACCCAAUCUUGAUAAAAAAGCAGCAAUGCCAGUUAAGGGUUCGAAAUUGCCAGAGAAGACACUGCAGGAAAAAGCUAGAACUGUGGAGAAGGACACGACUGUCAAGCAACCGUUAGUUAAGAAACCAGCUUCACUUCCUACUAAACUCAACUCGAUUAAGAAAGUUCCUGUGUCAUCUCAGGCUUCUAAUAAUCUUGUAUCUUCAAAAGAUAAAAGUACUCUGAAAGGAAAGCUUCCUUCUUCACCAGCAAUUAUUACUGGCAAGCACACAAGCAAUACUGGUAAGACUGGAAGAAGUUCGAUGAGGUCCAGCAAUGCAAGUAUCAACGGCAAGGAACGCUCAGAUGUGCCCAGAACACCAUUCUCCAUUGAAGACGAGUUUAUUGCCUCUGUUGAAUUACAAGAAGAUGAUGUGCAAAAUUCAUGUGUUACAAGCUAUAAUGUGGAGUCAACAGUAGUGGAGCUGUUUCCAGAUGCCACAGAAUAUGGAGACAUUUCUCAAACAGCACCAGAAGAAGAAAGCAGAAUAAGUUCAGAUGAUGACUUGGACAUGUCCUCAUCAUCGUCUGUCCAAUCUGACUUGACUCCUGUUGAAACAGACGAAGAGGAUGUGCAAGGUUCAUCUAUUACAGGCCAUCUGGUGGAGUCAGCGUUAGCAGAACUAUCUUCACAUGCCACAGAAUAUGUAGAAGAAUCUCGACCAGCACGAAAAGAAACAAGUAGAUUCAGUUUAGAGGAUGAUGUAGUGGGAAGUAAUGAAGUGAGCGAACCAUUGGUCUCUGAACUCCCCGUUGCUGUUGAAUUGCAGCGAUCAUUUGAUAAUCAGGCACUCAAGACUAUGCUCAGUAAACCUUACCUAGAGCAUAUGCAACCGGAGAAGAAUUCUGCUGAUAAUCGAGCUUCAACGGAUGAAGACAUCCGAGCAGAUGCUGCAGCUCUCUGCCAGCUACCUAAACAACUGACAGCUGUGCAAAAUGCAGAUGUAUAUGAUUCUGUAUUAGCUGAAAGUACGCCAGAAGUUGAAGCUGAUGGAGUGAAAGUCAAUGCUAGUGUGGAGUCUGUAAUCACUGAAAGUAGGGAGGACAUGGGAGCUCAUGAAGACCUUCAAGGGCCUCCGGAGUCUUGCCUUGAUUGCACUACAGGAAAUGUAGCUGAAAAUGUCGAGGCUGCUGAAAUUGACGAUGUUGAGAAUAUUAAUAGUACAUCUCAUUGCCAAUCAAUUUUAGAAGCUUCAUCAGAUGGUGAACUUACGGAGCAAUCAAAGUCUGUGCUAACUGAUUCUAAUCUACAAAAUGAUGAGUUAGCAAGUGUCCAUAACAAUGGCUCCUUUCAACAGGAUGAACUGAAAUCAAUGAUUGUUGCUCAACAGUUAGUGGAAGAACUAUCAGAUGAUGAAAAUUAUGAAGAAUAUGAUUAUGAGUUAAUUGAAUUAGAUGAGUUUGAUGCAGAAGAUGAAGGAGAAGCAAUCAACCCAAAUGAUGACUCUUCAAAGGCUAAAGGCCAAAGGCUGCAAAGGAUCUCAUCACUUCACCCAGAUGAUGCUAGUACCACACCUUACAAAUUGAAGUUUAAAAGGGGUAAAAUUGUAGAACUCACCCCAGACAGUAAUGGCCCGAGAAGACUCAUAUUUAGAAGAAGAGCUGCCAAUGAAGUUGCAAAUGGUGAAGGUCAGCUAGUGAGAAGGAUUUUUAAGAGGAAUACCAGAAAUAAUGGUGUUCCUACUGAGCCUGACUUGGAAUCUCCUUCAGUGAAACUGAGGCAUCAAGAUACACAAGACAAGAAAGAUGCGCAGGGGCUAUUCAACAAUGUAAUAGAAGAAACUGCAAGCAAGCUUGUGGAGUCUAGGAAAAGCAAGGUAAAAGCUUUGGUUGGUGCUUUUGAAACAGUGAUACUUCUCCAGGACGGCAAUCCCACUACACCACAGGCAGGGGAGCUCCUAAACGUGUGCUGUUGCAAUGCUUAUUUUCUUACAGUCCCUGCUUCAUCUUGAAGAUGCAUGCACAGAUAAUUCCAUGGAAUCUUCAUCGGAGCUUAGUGGACUACAUUCACGAGACGAACUUGAGGAGGACCGGAGUUUGGAAGACAAACUCAAAGAAGAAGCGCUAAAAAACCCUAACCCAAACUACUAGAGAAGCGGAGGCGUCGAGAUUCCCCUCCCAGCGAUGGGAUAUCAAAGCGUCAAGCAAAGUGGAGGCGAAUCCACAGACUUUUCGAUGAAGCUUGGAAGGGAGAGUUUCUCUAGCCGUCGAGGGAAAGGUUUGGAUACUAUAUACUAUCCAAGGACUUUGAAGUUGUUUGCUGGAGAAGUUCAGAUAGGUGGCGUGCUUCAGUGCUUGGACAAGCUGUAUAGUUUUUCUUUCAUCAAGUAUGGUACAAAUUGCUAUGCAUUCAAAGUUUACUAGACGAGGGACAUUUA